AUGCGGCGCCUCUUUCUGCUGCUGGCAUGGCAGCCGUCCUUUGCCAAGCAUCUCUCGGAACUGGAGCCGGUGCCGCAGAGGGCGCCCGUAGAGAAGCGACGUAGACAACAUAUCCCGCUCUCUCUACAGGCACGCGAGGAGCUGUCCCGCAAGUCGAAUGAGCUGCAGUACCAUGUCGUCACGCAGGACUGGUUCGGCCAGCGCGUGGAUGACUUCGUUACGCAGCACCACCCGGAGUGGGACUACGAGACGGUGAAGCGGCUGGUGCAGCAGGGGCACAUCUACCGCUACCGGAAAAACGGAAAGAAGCGAUACACGCGGCUGACGGAUCGUCUGGAGUUCGAUGAGCUUGUCGUCGUGCCGACAGCGAGCUUCUGGGAACGCCAGCUGGCGCCGCCGAGUGGUGUGGAGCUGCAGAGCUCCUCGACCUCGCAGCAGCAGGAGCGGCGGCAGAAGUUUCACCUCUCCGCCAAGACGCGCGAGAUGGCGCAGGAGAUGGUGCUCUUCAAGAACGAACAUGUCAUCGUGAUCAACAAGCCGAGCGGCGUGCCGAUCAUGCCGACGCACGACCCUCUCGCCAUGAACAUCACAGACCUCCUUCCGGCGUGGCGGUACACCAACACGCAAACACCGGUCAUAUGCCACAACCUUGACACCGAGACGAGCGGGUGCGUGGUGCUAGCGCGCAGUGCGAACACGCACCGCAUGCUGGGCCGCAUGUUUGUGAAGCGCGUCGUACCGAACAGCGUGUACUGGGGUUUCGCGGUAGGAAAGCCGCCCGUGAAUUUCGGCCGCAUUCGCAUGCACUUCGAGGUUCAGAAGGGGCAGGGCGGCGAUGUCAUUGUUGCUCGCCCCACCCCCACCGCGGACUCCAAGGUAGGCAUCGCUGAGUUCGUUGUGAACGCCUCCGCGCUGGAGUUCGGCAGCUUCAUCUCCUUUUACCCCCUGACGACGCGGCGGCAUCAAGAGCGCAUUAUGGCCGCCCACGCGCUGCGAGCCCCGCUCCUUGGCGACGCGAAGUAUGGUGGCGAGAGCGCCUUCCCGCACUCCCUGUCACUCUUCUGGGACCCCGCUCGCAAAGACGUCCCACUGCACCUCCAUCACCGCAAGAUUCAGCUCCCCUACAAGAACGGCGCCGGCGAGUUUGUGUGCGUCACGGCGCCGCUGCCGCCGCACAUGGAGAAGACGUUCAAACGGUUGGGGUGGCCGGUCGACGCUGAUGACCCACUUAUCCCUGGUUGA